AUGUCGUCUCCCAACAAGUCCAAUUCGCCAGCGGCCCAGCCGGGCGCGACGGAAGCCGAACAACCUGAGGAGAAGCCUCGUCUGACCGAGGCAGAGAAGAAGCAGAAUCACAUUGCAUCAGAACAGAAGCGACGUCAGGCAAUUCGUGAAGGCUUCGACAGGCUGACGGAGUUGGUUCCGGGACUCGAGGGCCAGGGGCGCUCAGAAGGCCUCGUACUUAAGAGGACUGUUGAGUUCAUGCGCGAUCAACUUGCAGAGCGGCAGGCCUUGGUUGACCGCAUCGAGAGCACCGGUGCGGAAGUGGAUGAGAAACACAAGAAGUGGGUGUUUCGAUAUUUCGUUAAAUGGAUGGCCUUGAGUACUGACGGAGAGUUACAGGGCAUUGCAACAUCAGGGAAAUGGAGGGUCGAAGAAUCGAUGAUCUAA